CCGAUUUUUCCCUUUCCUUUCAAAAAAUUUCAUCCAAACUUUCCCCUGAACAGCACGUCCAUGGAGGAUUUCGAGCCACCGUCUUUCUCCCUCGGCUUCGAUGCCCUUGAUGAGGAUCAGCAUCGAGACGAAACCCCAACUCGUCAAGUCGGAGCGCCAGAACCGAGUUUCGAUUUGUUACUGGAAGAUGAAGGGCAAGAAGAAGAGGAUCCUCCGCCUCCUGUUUUGAAGCGGCUGAAGAGAGGCCCUUCUUCUCCGCCACGCCCUCGGUCUGCGCCGGAUGAUCCCGUGUCGGAGGUCCUCUCUGAUGCUGAUGACGAGAUCGAGAAUUUCUCGAAGUUGUCGUCACCGGAAGAUCGUUGCAAAGCUCAAAAAAUUUCAGUCUGUAGCAGCUCAAAGAUUUCAUUGCGCUCCCAGAGUGUCUUGACUUCUCAAUCAACAGGUGGAUCCAGUGUGAAAAGAAGUUCAGCUGUUCCUAAGACCUCCAUACUUUCAAAAUCUUCUGCCACUACCACCAAAUCAAUGCUCUCGUCAGCAUUUAACAGUCCUCUGAGAAGAAUCCAACUACUUGAUUCUGAUUCUGACGAACCUUCGCCUUCCAAGGAUACAUGCAGAAUUGGGCAUAGAGCGGAGGCAUCCGUGGGGAACCCCAAAUCUUCCCAGAGUGAUAUGCUCCCAAAAACAUCAGGUGUGACGGCCUCUUCCAAGUCGAACCCUUUGGAGACCUUUUGGAAAGAUUUCAAUGAAAAGCAACCUAUAAGUUUGGCAACGCCUGCUCUUGAUGAGUUCUGUCAAGAACAUUUCAGUUCUACGAAAGGUAAGGAGGUGGUGCACAGCGAGAAAAUACAUGCAGAUGCUGGAAGCACUAGGUCACGUUUCUCGGGUAAAUUUGGUGGUGCAGGAAUAAGCUGCUCCCAAAAAAAAAAGACUCGUGACAAAGAAGAACGCUUUGGGGACUUGUGUAAUGGUAUUCCUCCUGCUUGUCGUUACUUCUAUCAUCAUGAUCCUAGGAUCCGGAAUCUCGUAUCUGGAAGACUAGCAAAUUUUCGCCCUCUUGGGUAUGAGAAUAAUGGGACAAAUGAUUUGGCAGGGGAGAGAGUUAUUGAUUACAUGAGUCAGUUUGGACAAAAGGAAACUCCGGUCAAGGUGACCAAAGCUCGUGGAUGUUCAAACAGGAGAUCUUCGAGCGACAGCAAAAAAUCUUCAAAGGCAAUUGACCCUCUAGGGACAACAGGAUGGGUGAACCCGAAAAGCUCUGCGACAGUUCCAAGAGAUGCUGGUAAGAGGAGAGUUCAAGCCGUAGGUUCUGCAGGCCACUGGUAUACUGGCCAAGAUGGAAGAAAGGUAUAUGUUUCAAAAUCUGGACAAGAGUUGACUGGCCGAGUUGCAUACAGCAAUUACAGAAAGGAAAGCGGAAAGGGUUUCAAAAAGAGGAAGAAGCCGGCCGCAAAGAAGAAAUCAAAGUGAUAGGGAAUUUCCUAUUGGACGCCCUCAUAAUGUUGCUGGUCUCUCUAGUCGUCACGCCGGCCUACCAUUGGCUGUACCGAGUUUUGAGAGAUUUAAAACUUGGGAUUCGACCCGUUACAACGCCACAGGGAAUUUGUUAUGGCCGAGAAUGUGGAUGUAUCGCAGGUAACAUGCUGUCCUCUGGCUGAUUUCAGUGAUGAAUGUUACAUGUUUCCAUAAUGUAAUUGUCUCGAUGUCUGAAAUAAAGAGUUAAAAGUUUACAAAA